AUGAAAUCUGAAUAGAACAAAAGUUUCGUUGCCUCGUUUAACUUCGCAGUUCAAUUUCCUACAAUAUUCAAAAGUUUCAAGCCCAAUCUAAAAUUUAACUAGAAACAGAUUUUCUUAAAGAAGCUAUUUUGGUUCGUUGAAUUACCAGCAUAACUUAAAUUUCCUUUUAGUGAAUCAAAUUUAAUAUAUUGUAGAACUAUUCUCAAGCAAUUUCAAAUAUAUUUAGUUAAGAAAAUCUUUCCUUUGGAAGCGAGUCAAAUAUUUAAGUUUAUUCUUAUUGCUAUUAUAAAAGAUCUGGCAAAUUUGGAGUUCCUUUUACAAAAAUAUUUUUUUAAUUGUCAUGUAACCUUCAUUUUGGAUAAUAUUAAGACUUUAUUAUUAUAAGGUCUAAUCAUAAUCAAAAUAAUCCAAAUUUAUUAGAUAUUAAUUUUAAUAGAAUUAGAAAUGCAAAUGAGAUGUAAUUAAGCUGACCAUCGAAAUCAAUCUAUAAUUGGGGUUUGCGUAGAUAUUACAUGCCCAAACAUAAGACCCUACUGUAAUUUUUGCUUGUCUUUCCAUAGCAAACAUCUUCACAUGCUAACACCUUUCGAUCUUAUAAAUGAAUGGAUUUAGGAACGAAUCCUUUAGGCUCAAGAUGUUUAAAAAAAUGUACAUGAGUUCAAAUUUUCCAUUGACAAUCUUUUGAUCUAGUUCUCUCCUUAUUGUAAUUUUAAUAUUGAUUAAAUACCUAAAUUAGGAUUAUCAUAGAUUGAUAAAUUAGUAAAAAGUUUAGGUUUAAUACAAGAAUGCGAAAAAAUGUUAUUUAGACAACUUGAUCAAUCAAUUCAAUAAGUACAAUAAAUUGUUCUCGAAAUACUAAAAACAUUAAAGAAUCAAACCAAUAUAAUCAAAAAUGAUAUUAUAUAAAUCUCAUAUACCACUGGUUAAUUUAUAUAAGAAUAACCAAAAAAUUAAGAUAUAUUAAAGCCAAAUAUAAGCCCUAUCUCAUAUGAGAUCAUGAAUAAAAAUUCUAUUAAAUAAAAGGAAUUUUCUUUAGCAGUUGCGGUUAAUAAAGAAUGCUCAAUAGUAGCAGCUGGAUGUGAAAAAUUAAUAAAAAUAUAUGAAUUCGGGUUAGGAACUUUGAGAUAGAUACAAAUAUUAAACAAACAUUAGGUGGACGUGACCACUUUAUAUUUAAUGAAAAAAUCCAAUUAGCUUAUUUCUGGAGAUAAGUUAGGAACUAUAUUGAUUUGGUUAAGCGAUAAUAAUAAUGAAUGGAUUUGCUCAUCAACACUUUUAAAACACAAUGAUCGUAUAAAUUGUUUAAUUAUGAAUAAUGAUGAAGAUAUUAUUAUAUCAAGUAGUUCUGAUUAUACUAUUAAGUUUUGGGUAAAGCAAAUCGAAUGGGUCUGUUUAUAAACAAUAACAGAUCAUAAAGAUUGUGUUUAUUAAUUAAGCUUAAAUGACAAAUAAAAUAAAGUUAUUUCAUGUGGAUGUGAUCAAUUAAUAUUAGUAAUUGAGUAUUCACAAUUUUAUGAAUAAUGGAUGGUCAUAUAAACAAUAAAAGUUGAUUGUUAUGGAUAUAGAUUAUGUUUUAUCAAUGAUCAUCUUUUCACAUUUCAACCAAAGAAAAGCAAUGUGAUGUAUAUCUAUGAUAUGAAUAAUGAAAGUAACUAGUUCAAAUAAACUAAACACAUUGCUGUGAAUCAAGGUCAAGAUAAUACAAUAUUCUUCCCAAAAUAAUAUAUUAAAUCAAAAUAGUUACUUGUUUGUAAACAUGGUAGGUAUAUCAAUUUAAUAAGAAUGACAGAUAAUCAUCAAUUUACAGUUGAGUAAUCUAUUCAAUUUGAUAGUGAUAUGUUAUUUGGAUACAUGACUGAUGAUGGAUAGUAUUUGAUUACUUGGGAUAUUUCAUCUAAAGAAAUAUAAAUUAGGAGAACUAUACAACAAUGA